AUGGAUCACUUAUUAUGGCAUUGCUCUUUUAGUGUUGAAAUUUGGAGUUGGCUCAGUAAUAUAUUUGAAGUCAGUAUACCUCAAUCUUUUGACAAUAUUUGGAAAAGAUCAAAAAAUAAAAAUCCUAUUAUAAAAGAAGCUUGGAUUACAGCUGCCUGCUUUGUUAUCAAAGAAUUUUUGUUUCAAAAAAAUAACAAGUUGUUUGAGGAAAUCAAACCAAAUAUUCAUCAGUUUAAGAAGAGAAUAAUUCAAAUGGUUUCAGAAGGAGGUUUGAGAAUGAAGGGUACCGAAUGGAAUCAGAAUUAUGAUCUACAUAUAAUUGAAUUCUUCAAAUUGGGAUGCAAGCAAAGCAAGUUCCAGUGUAUUAAAAGCUGCUAUUGGAUUCCACCUCAAAUUGGUUUUACUCUAUUUUGCUGUGAUGGGGCAUCAGUUGGUAACCCAGGAGUUGCAGGCUUUGGCAUAGUUGUAAGGAAUCACUUAUGUCAAGUAGUGGGAGCUAUGGCUGGAGGAAUUGGUAUUGCAACCAAUUAUAUUGCAGAAACUUAUGCAGUAGUUAGUGCAGCUGAGCUGGCUGUUGAAUGGGGAGAAAAAAAAUAUCAUUAUUAG